GUUAAUUAGCCACACCAACCGACAGCUAGCUGCAACAGCAUGGCUUCGAGGAGCACCGGCGCCCUCGUCUUCCUCCUCGCGCUGCUCCUCUCGUGCGUCGCCAUGAGCAGCGCGGCGAGAAACCUGCAGGAGGUGGAGGCCUCUGAUCCGCCCAAGGAAGAAGAGCCGUCGUCCGCGGGGUCCAUGCCGUUUCCGCACCUGACCGUGCCGGAGCUGCCGCCGAUGCCAGAACUACCGGUGCCAGAACUGCCGCCGUUGCUGCAAAACUUUAAGAUGCCGCUGUUCCCGGAGAUGCACCUGCCGUCGUUCCCGGGCAUGCCGUGGAAGCCGGCCGUGCACAUGCCCACCAUUCCCGGAUUCAACUUCCCGGACCCGACGGCUAAGCCAUGAGGAGUUGAGGACUCGCCACUUCCGUUGUCCGCUCCUCUAUGUGUGUUGUUCUGUCCAGUUGUGCACUUGAACAUUGAAAGAAUUUACAAUGUUUGACAUUGAAAGAAUUUAUAGGCCUCUUAUUUUCUGGAACAAUGGUGUCGAAAAAAAUUGUUACGUCAAUAUAUAACUGACACACUAUA